AUGUGCCGCUGAGAACGGCAGCAGGCCCCACUACCCUUUCUCAUCCCGAGAAGCUGAAGGCAGCGGAGAGCGCGGCUUCGGGGGAUGGAGGGUGCGCGGCAGACGGCGCGGGAGACGGCGCCUCGGCCUCGGAGGCGGCGGGACCGGGGCCUCUGCGACCGUCCGCCGGCCCCUCGCCGCCCCCCGGCCUCUCGUGCGACUCGUCCGGAAAACGGUCGCCCGCUCCGGUCCCUACAUCGUGCCCCAGACGAACCCCGUGGGUAUCACUGGCCGCGACUCGCGCCAUCUUGGCCAUUGGCCGUGGAGGCCCCGAAGCAGCUCCUGCGCGUGCGCCGCGCUCCGACCUCGGGCUGCGGGGCGCCGGGAGCGGAAGUGCUCCGCUGACCCGAGGGCGGCGCGAGGUCGCGCCGCUUGUAGUCCUCCGACCUGGCUGUCGGGUUCUGGUAGCCAAGUACCGGGAGGCGGAGCGGGCACGGGCCGGAGGGCAGGUGGGGGUGAUGGGUUCGCGCCCCUGCGACCUCGGGGCCCUGGGCUGAGUGUGGGCGACGGGCCGGGGGCGACAGCCAGUGAUACUGUCAUUGAGUCGUUGGGUCAGGUUCAGCGGCCGUUUGCUGAGUGUCUAGUACGUGCGAGGCGCCCUUGGGGUGCAUGGUCAUCCUCCCGAGGGCUGUGAGUAGGGUCAGGGCGCAUCAGUGAGACCACUGCUCACCUCCUGCGGGCUCCGGCUCAGCCGCCCCUGGGCUUCCUAGUCUACAGAAGAGCCAGUCAAGGCCUCAGAAGAUCUCUGCCCUUUGUCUCGAGCAGAACAGGAUGGCCGUGUUCCAGGAGUCCUUGACCUUCCGGGACGUGUUUGUGGACUUCACCCUGGAGGAGUGGCGAUGUCUGGACUCGGCUCAGAAGAACCUGUACAGGGACGUCAUGCUGGAGAACUACAGCCACCUGGUCUCCGUGGGACAGCUAGUUCCCAAACCCGAUGUGGUCAUCAGAUUGGGACAAGGAGAAGAGGCCAGGAUGGCAGAGGGAGAGACCCCGACGCAGAACCCUCCGGAAUUCUGGCAAGUGCAUGACCAGAUGGACAACCACAAGGAAAGCCAAGACCAACGUCUGUGGCCGACUGCAUUCGUAGACCAGGAAACACAGAAGGACCAAAGUGGCCAGGAAUUGACAACAUUCAGGACAAUCAUUUAUCCGGGCACAGACUUUGUUUCUAUAAGACAAAGACUCCCUAGAUAUUAUUCAUGGGGAAGGUGUUCAAAACAUAAUUUAAACUUUCUCUGUCAAAGCAGAAGUUCUGUAAGAAAGAAAGGUGAUGAGCGUAAGGCACAUUGGAAGUCGUGCUUCCACCCUAAUCUUUAUCCUGCGCAGCCUGGAGAGAAAUUCUUUGAGCCUAAUCAACGUGGAAAAACCCUCCACCAUAAGCAAGCCCUCGAUAAACCUCCAAGAAGUCAAACCAGGGAGAAACUCUUUGAGUGUUCUGAAUGCGGGAAAGUGUUUAUCCAGAAAGCCAACCUUGUCGUGCACCAGAGAACUCACACGGGAGAGAAGCCCUAUGAGUGCAGCGAAUGUACAAGAGCCUUCAGCCAGAAGUCAACCCUCAUUGCACACCAGAGAACUCACACAGGGGAGAAGCCCUAUGAGUGCAGUGAAUGUGGGAAAACCUUUAUCCAGAAGUCAACGCUGAUGAAACAUACGCGAACUCAUACAGCAGAGAAACCAUUUGUAUGUGGUGAAUGUGCAAAAGCCUUUAAGAGUUCCUAUCACCUUACUAGACAUGAAAAAACACACAUUAGACAAGCAUUUUAUGAAGGAGUCCACUGUGGUAAAUCCAGCCUUAUGUACCCAAGGACUCAUACGGGUGAGAAACCUGACUGUAAUAAACAUGGGAAACCCUCUGAUGAGAAACCCAACCCCAUUAAACACCAGAGAUCUCCUAUAAAAGAGAAAGCUUACGAGUGCAGUAAAUGUGGAAAAAGCUUCAGGGGGAAGUCCCACCUCUCUGUCCAUCAGAGAACUCACACAGGAGAGAAGCCUUACGAAUGCGGCAUAUGUGGGAAGACUUUCAGUGGAAAAUCACACCUCUCUGUCCAUCAAAGAACUCAUACAGGAGAGAAGCCUUAUGAGUGCAGAAGAUGCGGGAAAGCCUUUGGUGAAAAGUCAACCCUUGUUGUACAUCACAGAACUCAUACAGGAGAGAAACCCUACAAAUGCGGUGAAUGUGGGAAAGCCUUCAGCGAAAAGUCACCACUGAUAAAACAUGAGAGAAUUCAUACAGGAGAGAGACCCUACGAAUGCAGCAACUGUGGGAAAGCAUUCAGUAGGAAGUCAACUCUCAUUAAACAUCAGAGAAUUCACACAGGAGAAAAACCCUAUGAAUGUAGUGAAUGUGGGAAAGCUUUCAGUGUGAAAUCAACUCUCAUUGUACAUCACAGAACUCACACGGGAGAAAAACCCUAUGAAUGCAGAGACUGUGGAAAAGCCUUCAGUGGGAAGUCAACUCUGAUUAAACAUCAGAGAAGUCACACAGGAGAUAAAACCUAUUAAUAUACUUGAGCGUGGGAGAAUUUCCCUAUUAUACCUCAUUAUAGAUCAGUUCAUCCUGGGGAGUAAUCUUAGCAAUGUCAAGAAUGUCAGAAACUCUUCAGAUAUUAAUGUUCCUUUAAUGUAAUAAAAGGUUCAAAAAUAUAAUUCCAGAAGCAUGUAAUAAAUGCGACCAGUUUUUCACCCAGAAGGUCUUACGAGUGAAUUGUAUAUCAGGGAAUUCAACGGUGGCAGAAUUAUGAGUGUAUUGACGUGAAACAACCUUGAGAAAGAAUGUAAAUGUUAUCGCCUAACAGAGUCUUUAUGCUGAGGAAAAACUAAAGAGUCGAAUGAGUUUAGAAAACUAUGUCAGCAAUUAUGAGAGAAAUGUGUUCCAUAUUCUGUAACAUUCUGUGGGAAAGGUGCAGAGGCUGCUAACAAGGAGUCAAAUAGAAAAAAGUGAGGUUCACCCUGGAAUAGAACACACUUUUGAAAGAACAGUAUAGAGCAUAAACUGUUAAUCCCAGCUGGGGCAAACUCCCCGUUAUUAUUUUUUUAUUUUUAAUGUUGAUUUUUUGAGAGACAGCACGAGUGAGUGGGGGAGGGGUAGA